GCAAUAUAAGAUCUUCCUGGGAAAAAUGCAGCAGUAAAUUAACUAAAUGUUAUUUUGCUGCAUGCGGAAUAAUGUUUUGGUCGAGGAGACAUUCAGGUUUCCCGCAAAAACUCAUUGGAAUAGAAAUUCUGGGUUGGAAUUGAAAUUGAUGUCUUUGCGUAUGGUCAAUCUUUUCAUAUGAAAAGUCAUUGCUUUUCUCAUUUCGUUUGUCGUUUCAUUCCUAUAGUUAGCCAUGCAUUUUAACUAUUAAACCUUGAAUCAUUUUGAUCUGAAAGUGAAAUCGAUUACUAAACCUAAAUUAUUACAGCAAGAAUAAAGACAAAAAUUAUAGCAUCACAGCUUAUCUCAUGGAAAUCUUUGGCGAUAAGGUUUCGUUGCAGUCAUUUGAAUGAAAUGAGGAAGAAGAACCAAAGAAGUACAGUUUCCAGUGCCCCACGUGCACAUGGAAAUUCCCAAGAUCGGUCCAUUGCAGAUGCAGUAACAACCCUACGUGAGCGUCUUUCACAGUCUUCACUUCCACCAUACAUACAUGGAUAUCAGCAUGAACGCAGACAGUUGACAGAACUUUUGCAAAGAACUGUCCAGUCAGGAGAAAGUAACUCUAUUUUACUAAUUGGACCAAGAGGUGCAGGAAAAUCAAUGCUGCUGAAAAGUGUGUUGGAAGAAGUGAAGAAGUCAGAUUCAGCACAAAAUAACAUACUUGUUGUACAUCUGAAUGGUUUGCUUCAAACAGAUGAUCGCUUGGCACUGCAUGAAAUCACAAGACAGCUGCACCUGGAAAAUACUGUUGGUGACAUGGUGUUUGGUUCCUUUGCAGAGAAUUUACAGUUCCUCCUGGAAGCAUUAAGAAGUGGUGAUGAAACCAGCAAGCCUGUAAUAUUUAUUUUAGAAGAGUUUGACUUAUUUGCACAACACCGAGGCCAGGCACUGUUGUACAAUCUCUUUGAUGUGUCUCAGUCAGCACAGACACCUAUUUGUGUUGUUGGCAUAACGUGUCGCUUGGAUGUGACAGAACUGUUGGAGAAAAGAGUAAGGUCUCGAUUUUCACACCGUCAACUGCACCUGUUCAAUAACAUCAGUUUCAUGGAUUAUGUGGCAUUAUGUAUAUCAUACUUGAGUCUUAGAGAUUUCCCUGACCAGGACUUUGCUAGCAGGUGGAACAAGAACAUCAAGGAAGUGGUUGAAAGUGCCACAGUAAGAGAUGUCCUAAACCGUCAAUUCACUCUCAGUAAAGAUGUUCGGGGGCUUCUUAUGCUUCUGACACCUGUCAUCUGUGACCUUUCACUUGCACAUCCAAGCAUCACAGCUAGUGACUUUGUAGAAUCUUUUAAAUCUUUGUCAACUGAUUCCAAGUCCUCCAUGCUGCAUGGCCUCUCCAUACUCGAGCUAUGUCUAAUUAUAGCCAUGAAACAUCUCACUGACAUCUACCAGGAAGAGCCUUUCAACUUUGAAAUGGUCUACAGUGAAUACCUAAAGUUUGCACAACAACAUGCCUCUGUUCAGGUUUUUGACAAAGCUGUUGUGUUAAAGGCAUUUGAACAUCUUGUGGCGCUAGAGCUGAUUCGUCCAAUGGACAGCCGGACAAUACGAAUUCAAAAAGAGUACAGAUUGAUGACCCUUCUUCUCCACCCAGCUCAGAUCCUUGACACGCUACAGAAAUAUCCAAAUUGUCCUACUGAUAUCAAACACUGGGCAGCUAGCUCAUUUACCUGACUUGAAUGUGGCUUGAUCAUAGUAAAGUUUUAACAAAUAAUUAAUGUGUGGCCGAUUUCUCUCUCUCCCAAAUUUGAUUGCUCCAACACAAAACUGCCAUUGACAAAAUGACUCCAGCCGCAGCCUUCCAGUAUAUGUUAUGUGCUUUUUGCUCAAGGCAUAGUAAUGGGUGACAUCACAAUUGGAAUGGGAAUCUAUUGACUCUCUGACUAGUUUUACAUCAUCUUUUUUCCUAAUUCAUGUUUGCUACCAUAGAAAGCAUGAUUGUGAAGAGAACAAAACAAAAAUACCAAGGGCAGAUAGAAAUUAGUAUGUCAUUUGAAGGGUGGCUGCUGCAGUAAAAUUUGGGUGGCAUAAGCCUUUUCUAAAGAUUUUUUUUUAGGUAGCAAGUGUUCACACACUUAUGCAUAAGACUAAGGAUGAUUCGUUUCGGCUCAUUUACAUUUUCAAGAAUCAAUCUGACCUUUUUUUAGACAUGAAUACCUGUUCAGACAUGAAAGUGCAACAUUAAUAUAUGAUGCAAAACAAAUUAGACUAGCAAAUUUUUAGUGAAUUUUACACUUUUGUGACUUUUUGUAUGAAGGGGAAUACCCGACAUCUAUUUAAUGAAAGACUAAUGAGAGGAGGGUCUGUCGUUGUGUUUAUAAUUUAUAUUGAAACAUUUGUGGCCCAAAAACAAAGCCCUGUACAAUACAGAACAAGUCCAGUAA